GCCAAAGUGUUGCUGGGUAUACAACACAAAAACAACAGCAUUUAAACCCACAUCAAUUUACAGCUUGAACGGCAGACACGUUCAGUCAUUUUCCUUUGGACUUUUGACACUCAAGAGGUAGACAGCUAAUGCAUGAUAUUAUGGAACUGUUUUUCUAAAUCGACGAUAAAUGAUAGCUGGCUUUGUUGUUGUCGUGCAUUUUCCCGUCGCUUGGGCUGCAAAGUGACAACAACCGAGCGAGGCAGCCUUCAACUUUGUGAUAACGGCUAAACUAAUAACGGAGAUACAAAUUAUCACUGAAAUAUGAAUUAUAUAUAGAGUACAUCAACUUUAAGCAGUAUUUACCUCUUAUUGUUUCAAUACUUACCUUUUUUCUUUUACCGUGUAAUUUAUCGUCAAUGAUUUCAGCACAACGAUGCGGUCAUUGUUUUGCCUGCGUAGUUGUGGUGCGUCGUAGCAGCAGGAGCUUGCAAAAAGUGAUUUGCUAUGCUGCUGUCCAAAAACAUUUGUUGACAGAUUUGUAUUUAGUCUGGAGAUUAACGAUUAUCGGUUAUCAAUGCAUGAAUUAGGUCAGGGGGGAGGGAUGUGAGGGGGCUUGUCUGGACAUGUUGAUGUUGUGCCAAUGAAAUGAAUGCACAUCAAAAUUAAUUGAAACGUUAUUUUAUAAUUUCAGGUGUCUGCAGAAUUUUUACAAAUUUGAACGCAUUUCCGCUGCUCCAAAUCCCCGUUUUAAAACAAUGGCAACUGACUGCGAGGCAUGGCUAAACGCUAACCCCCUUGGUAAGUUAUCUUUACCAGUCUGUAGUCUGUCUGGACUUUUGAUGCGGAAGUAGCUCAGUGAUUACUGGUGAUUCUAACUUGCAGUGACUGCUGCUUUUUCUGUAACCACUGAUCAUGAUUUUUAUUCUGCUGGCCUUACAUUUUAUAUGGUCAAGCAUAACAAAUAGUUUAUGGUUCAAUUAUAAAUGGAAUGAUGCAUUCAUACUACAAAACUUGGGAUCUAAACCCUAUUCAAUUCAUAAUGCAUUGCGAACAUCAAAUUACCUUAUAGUUACCCAUAACCUCUGUUAUGAAAUAGAACAUCUGCAAAUAGAGUUUGUUCUGGUCAAUCAGUCAAACUGCCAAUAGAGUUUGUUCUGGUCAAACUGCCAUCUUACCUUGUCUCUCACCACCUCCUUCAUCCCCCACCAACAGAUGCAGACGAUCUGAGCGACUCCUUCCUUUCGGGCGAAGAGGAGAAUGGCAUUAUCACCAAAAACAUCAAGAACGAAAUAAAUGGCAACUGGAUUUCGGCACCUAACAGUAUCCACGAGGCCCGUCUCAAAGCCAAAGCGAAGAGGAGGCUGAGGAAGACUUCUUCUAGAGACUCGGGGAGAGGGGACUCGUUUAGUGAUAAUGGGGACCCCUCCCGGGGCACCAACGGCACCGUACCCCCCACCAGCCCCAAGAGCAAACUGCUGGACAGGAAGUCACGGGCAGGGAAGGGAAGAGGACUACCAAAGAAAGGUAUGGGGAGAUAUGUAGAUGUUAAUAAUAUAUCAUGGGCCCCGUGUAGCUCAGUUGGUAGAGCAUGGCGCUUGCAAUGACAGGGUUGUGGGUUCGUUUCCCACGGGGGGGCAGUAUGAAAAAUAUAUGCACUCACUAACUGUAAGUCGCUCUGGAUAAGAGCGUCUGCUAAAUGACUAAAAUGUAAAUGUUAAAGGGAAGGGAAGAGGACUACCAGAGAAAGGUAUGGGGAGUUAUGUAGAUGUUAAUAACAUAUUAUGUUAAAGGAAAGGGAAGAGGACUACCAGAGAAAGGUAUGGGGAGAUAUGUAGAUGUUAAUAACAUAUCAUGUUAAAAGGAAGGGAAGAGGACUACCAGAGAAAGGUAUGGGGAGGGACUAUUUAUGUGGUUAUGUAAUAACGUGUUGUUAACAUAGGCCUACUUGUGAUCACGUGAAGUCACGGCGAGGGAAGGGAAGACCAUAGAAGUCUACCGAAGACUAGUAAUGGGACGUUAUGUAAUAAGGUGUUAACAUUGCUAGAAUAAUGUAAUACCAAACAGGCGUAAUACUGUUGCUGCAUUAAUUGAUAAGCAACAAGUUAGUCUAUUUGUGUUUUGAGCAAAAACAUGCUUCAAGGAAUAGCCUAUCAUUGCCUACGGAGUUACAAUAUGGUGUGUCCUAGUCUUGCGUGACCAGAGAUCACACCAUAUUCUUGUUGGCUGGAAUCAAGGCUACACGUGACCUAGUCCCCGAGAGAUCUCUCCCUGUCCCUGCCUUUCCAACUGCCAGCCCAGUAGUAAACCAAUUAUGUAAACAAAUGGCAAGGUGAGCCUGAUCCGAUCACACUCACUUAUAUUAACACCCCUCUUAUGUCCUUUUGGUAUCCAUCCGCUGAAGGCUUUUUUUUCAAUGGCUCUUGGUCUAACAGACUUGGAUAACUGAAACAAGAUUGAGCAUUUGUCCAAAGACAUGCAAACUAAGCAAUAAAGUAAACUAUAGAUAGCAAGAGCAUGGCGGUUUGUUGUAGAUAACAUCACCUCACCUUCCCAUGACCCCUUGGCCAAUAUCUCCAACUAGCCUAGCUUGUUUACCAAUAACACAAGUGACUCCUUUGAAUCUUAUAGUUGCAUGCAUGUUAAUCUUCCUCGUGAUAAGCUAUUUACUACUCUUUAAUCACCUUAUAAAUUUACAUUUACGUCAUUUAGCAGACUGCUGAAGCGUCAUUCAUGUAGAACGGGAGAGGAAGCUGCUUCUCAGCAGAGUCAAAGCAUGUGUCCCAAAUGACACCCUAUUCUCUAUAUAGUACACAGAUCCCUAUGGGCCCUGGUCAAAGUAUUACACUAUAUAGGGAGAUGUAGUCAGAGCACCUUGCCGUACCCCCAGCUAUUUGUCCUCUGGGCCCAUAUUGACAGUGACGUUCAGAGUAGGAGUGCUGAUAAAGGAUCAGUUUAGCCUUUUUAGAUCAUAAUGAAUAUGAUUAUGUGGAAAGGUGGGAAUCAGAUCCUAGAUCAGCACUCAUACUCUGGGACACUUUUUGAAUACAGGUCAGGCCCUGGUUAGUUCGGUUCUUAUCUGAUAAAAAGAAACCGCAGUAUCUUUCUUGGCCUUGUUUGAUGAUGUCAGUCCCCACUGCCAACAUAACAUCUUGCAGAAGCACAGUACAGUUAGUUAUUUUCUGAUAGAAAUGAACCAUAGUAUCUUGGCACAGAUGUAUUUGAGUUAUGUAACCAAAGAACUGGGCCAUGAUGUCAAUGUAAAUGCCUGGGCUUUUGUCCCAAAUGGCACCCUAUUCACUAUAUUAAAGGGAAUAGGGUGCCAUUUGGAACACAGUCUAGGUCCCGCUGUGGUUUAGGGGCUCCUGUAAAAGUUCAAGUUGUGUAACCUUUUGGAAGCAUAACAGAAACUAUUCUAUGGGUGGAAUCUCGCAGGGCAACGAGGGUAGUAGGUACAUGAUGUUCCAGAAUCAGCCAUGGCACAGACAACAUUCUAAAGGGGCAGAGCUAUAUACAGGAGGAAUAUAACACACACAUAGCCUCCACAUAACACACACACACUGGGUGGGACUUAUAGGGGAGGGGGGUUAAAACAUGUAGGCCUAGACAAGCUGAGCUGCUUUGGAAAUGGGUCUCUUCAUAAAUAGACUGGCAAUCUGUUUCUACAGAGCCACCAACAGAUGUGGCUUUGUGUAACACUUACUAAUGAGGAAUUACCCUUUUAAAAUAUGUGGUUUAUGUCAGCAGUUGAGCCUUUAAAGUUAACACCCUCUAUAGGACGUGCUAUACAGUCCAACACCCUCUAUAGGACGUGCUAUACAGUCCAACACCCUCUAUAGGACGUGCUAUACAGUCCAACACCCUCUAUAGGACGUGCUAUACAGUCCAACACACACUAUAGGUAUUUUUGUGCUCACCACUUUUUCCUGUCUAGUUAUAGGCCCACCAUAGUGGUAUGGAUAAAUAAAAGGUCUGUAGGAAAUCUGAUUUGUUUAUAUAUAAUUGAUCUAUUCCCCUCUAUAGUUAGGCCAGUUCCUGUUUGUUGUAAUGUUUCAUAUUGGUUUCCGCGAUCAGUAGUAUCAUUUCCAUGAUGAGCUCUGUCUAUGACGUCAUAUGCUCUCUGUGUCUUCCUGGAGAAAAGCCUUUUGAACUGAAGGUGCUUUUCAGUGUUUCACUUCAGUUGUAUUCGAGACAUCCUGUCAAAAUCACAGACCGUGUGUGUGUGCCUUCCUGUAUAUUGUACAUAGGGUACUGUUGACCUUCCUUCUUUCCUUUGUCAGUACAGUGUUUGUGUGCUGUUCAAAUGUAGGCUGCAUUGUGAUGUAAACCCACUCCAGCUAUAGGUGACCACAUAUAGGCUACUGGUUAGUAGUAUGUUUUGAAAGCUCUGGGGUGAUGCAGAUCUAGGAUCAGCUUGCCUUCCCUAAAUCCUAACCUUAACCCUUAGUGGGGGAAAUGCAAAACUGGCCUGAGACCAAUGUGUAGGGACAACUUCACCCUAAUCUGAGCAAUACCUCAAUAGUGGCAUUUUUAUAACGCACAUUGCUGAAGAAAGGAGCAUUCUAUGUGGCUAUUUCUAUACUGAACAAAAAUAUAAACAAACAUUUCAACAAUUUUACUGAGUUACAGUUCAUAUAAGGAAAUCAGUCAAUUGAAAUAAAUUAAUUAGGCCCUACUCUAUGGAUUUUACAUGACUGGGGAGGGGUGCAGACAUAGGUGGGAGGGCCAGGCCCAGCCAAUCAGAAUGAGUUUUUCCCCACAAAAGGGCUUUAUUACAGACAGAAAUACUCCUCAGUUUCAUCAGCAAUCCGGGUGGCUGGUCUCAAGACGAUCCCGCAGGUGAAGAAGCCGGCUGUAGAGGUCCUGGGCUGGCGUGGUUACACGUGGUCUGCGGUUGUGAGGCCUGUUGGACGUACUGCCAAAUUCUCUAAAACAACGUUGGAGGCAGUUUAUGUUUACAUUCAAUUUUCUGGCAACAGCUCUGGUGGACAUUCGUGCAGUCAGCUUGCUAAUUGCACGUUCCCUCAACUUGAGACAUCUGUGGCAUUGUGUUAUGUGACAAAACUGCACAUUUUAGAGUGGCCUUUUAUUGUCCCCAGUACAAGGUGCACCUGUGUAAUGAUCAUGCUGCUUAAUCAGCUUCUUGAUAUGCAACACCUGUCAGGUGGAUGGAUUAUAUUGGCAUGGGACAAAUGCUCACUAACAGGAUGUAAGCAAAUUUGUACACAUUUUUUAUUUUUUAUUUCAGCUCAUGAAACAUGGGACCAACACUUUACAUGUUGCGUUUAUAUUUUUGUUCAGUAUAUGUGGAUAUUUCUAUGGUUCCUGUUCUUAAGUUUUGUUUUUGCGUUUUGUACACCAGCUUCAAACAGUUGAAAAUACAAUAUUUUUGGUUAUGGAAAAGAUACUUCACAGCGGUUUAGAUGGUACAAUGAUUCUCUACACUAUAAUUAUUUGUUUUGUCACAUAAACUGAAAUUAAGCAAACUAUUUAUUUAGAAUUUUAGCAACCAGGAAAUGGCGGAGCGAUUUCUGCAUAUUGCAUCUUAAAUUUUAGCCAUUUAGCAGACGCUCUUAUCCAGUGCGACUUACAGUUAGUGAACACAUUUUUUUCAUUUCAUACAUCUUUAAAUCACACUGCCAGAUUAUGAUUUGUACGUUGUUUUUCCACAGAUUUAAACUAUUUUGCACCAUGAAAAUGUUGUUUCUGUUUUGAAAACAUCACUGGCAUUGACCUUGUUCUUUGUCUGUUGGUCAGGUGGCGCGGGGGGCAAAGGGGUGUGGGGCCCACCAGGAGAAGUGUAUGACCUGGAUGAGGUCGACGUCAAAGACCCCAACUAUGACGAAGCUCAGGUAUUGGACCAUUUAUAUUGGACCUCUGACCCUCUGAGUUAGGUACAGUACGGUUAGGAUGCUGAGUUUUACCUGCUCAUGAAACAACUCAGCCCUUAAGUACACUAUACACGUUUUUUGGUAUCCAAUCUUGAUCGGCUUCAUUGUUCUGCUUUCUGUUGUGUCCUCUACAGGAGAACUGUGUGUAUGAGACGGUGGUCCCUCCGCUGGAGGAAGGUGACUUUGAGAAGACGCUCACUCCCAUCGUGCAGGAGUACUUUGAACACGGCGACACCAAUGAAGUAGCGGUAGGUUAAUUUCAACGGUUAUUUGAGUUGGCUGUAGUGUUCUGUGUUUAGGGCGCUUUCCAUUUCCUAAUCACUGGUGGACCUGCUUCUGCCUUUUAUUUGAUCUGACUGUAGUCUGAGUUAAUUCUGAAGGAUGUAGCUAUGUUCUUCUUCUCUGAUGAUUUGACCCUAUGACCUAUGAGCCCACGCCCUCUUCUUGGCCAAUACCCUCUCUCUCCCCAUGACCAACUCUGUAUUCCAUCUGACCAACACCCAUCCCCCUCUCUCCCCUCCAUAGGAGCUCUUGGGUGAACUCAACCUGGGCUCCAUGUCUAGCGGGGUGCCCAUGCUGGCUGUGAGCCUGGCCCUGGAGGCUAAGGCCAGCCACAGAGAGCUGACGUCCAUUCUGUUGACGGACCUGUGUGGCCGCGUGCUGAGCCGUAAAGACGUGGAGAGCUCCUUUGACAAGUUACUCAGGGAGCUGCCUGACCUGGUGUUGGACACACCUGGAGCCCCUCAGGUAGUGUGUGUGAUAUCGCACCGUCUAAGAAUAGAAGUGUGUGGAUGUAUCUGUGAAAAUGUCUAACCGACCGUGGAUGCCAAUGUGUAGGACUGUGUCCUUGUGAAUGUUUGAGUGACUUAGCAGGCACACUGCAGUGUGUAUACAGUACCUUCGGAAAGUAUUCAGACCCCACAUUUUGUUACAUUACAGCCUUAUUCUAAAAUGGAUUAACUAAAACAAAAUCCUCAGCAAUCUACAAACAAUACCCCAUAAUGACAAUGCGCAAACUGAGCAAUCGGGGGAGAAGGGCCUUGGUCAGGGAGGUGACCAAGAACCCGAUGGUCACUCUGACAGAGCUCUAGAGUUCCUCUGUGGAGAUGGGAGAACCUUCCAGAAGGACAACCAUCUCUGCAGCACUCCACCAAUCAGGCCUUUAUGGUAGAGUGGACAGACAGAAGCCACUCCUCAGUAAAAGGCACAUGACAGCCCGCUUGGAGUUUGCCAAAAGGCACCUAAAGACUCUCAGACCAUGAGAAACAAGAUUCUCUAGUCUGAUGAAACCAAGAUUGAACUCUUUGGCCUGAAUGCCACAUCUGGAGGAAACCUGGCACCAUCCCUACAGUGAAGCAUGGUGGUGGCAUAAUCAUGCGGUGGGGAUGUUUUUCAGCGGCAGGGACUGGGAGACUAGUCAGGAUCGAGGCAAAGUACAGAGAGAUCCUUGAUGAAAACCUGCUCCACAGCUCUCAGGACCACAGACUGGGGCGAAGGUUCACCUUCCAACAGGACAACAACCCUAAGCAAACAGCCAAGACAACACAGGAGUGGCUUCGGGACAAGUCUCUGAAUGUCCUUGAGUGGCCCAGCCAGAGCCCAGACUUAAACCUGAUCGAACAUCUCUGGAGAGACCUGAAAAUAGCUGGGCAGCAACGCUCCCCAUCCAACCUGACAGAGCUUGAGAGGAUCUGCAGAGAAGAAUGGGAGAAACUCCCCAAAUACAGGUGUGCCAAGCUUGUAGCGUCAUACCCAAGAAGACUCAAGGCUGUAAUUGCUGCCAAAGGUGCUUCAACAAAGUACUGAGUAAAGGGUCUGAAUACUUAUGUAAAUGUGUUAUUUCCGUUAUGUUUUUUAAUUUCAUACAUUUGCACAAAGAAAAUCGAAAAACGCGUUUUUGCUUUGUCAUUAUGGGGUAUUGUGUGUAGAUUGAUGAGGGAAAAAAUUUUAUUUUAUCAAUUUUAGAAUAAGGCUGUAACCUAACAAAAUGUGGAAAAAGUCAGGGAGUCUGAAUACUUUCCGAAGGCACUGUAUGUUCUGUGUUCUGUUCUGCAUGCAAACCGGAGCAGUGUAUCUCAGAACGGAACGCAUAUGUUUUGUUCUGAAAUUCCAUAUGCGUGUCAUAAAAGAAGUAAAAGAGAUUCACAGUUACUUUAGCCAUCUGACAGUUCCUAUCGCGACUGUAAACCGUCAGACGCACUGUUCAAACAUGGGAUUCUUUGGUAUUUAUUAGGGAUCCCCAUUAGCUGUUGCCAAGGCAGCAGCUACUCUUCUUGGGGUCCAAACACAUUAAGGCACUUACAUUACAUAAAAAACAAAAGAUAAAACAUUAUUACACCACUACAUAUCUACAAUACAAAAUGUAUAAUACCACCAUACAACAAUAUUACAAUGUAUGUGUGUGUAGAGUGCGUGUGCUAGCGCUUGUGUGCGUAUGCGUGUCUGUACCUGUGUAUCUCUUCACAGUCCCCGCUGUUCCAUAAGUUGUAUUUUUACCUGUUUUUAAAAAAUCUGAUUCUACUGCUUGCAUCAGUUACCUGAUGUGGAAUAGAGUUCCAUGUAGUCAUGGCUCUAUGUAAUACUGUGCGCCUCCCAUAGUCUGUUCUGGACUUUGGGAAUUGUGAAGAGACCUCUGGUGGCAUGUCUUGUGGGGUAUGCAUGGGUGUCUGAGCUGUGUGCUGGUAGUUUAAACAGACAGCUCGGUACAUUCAGCUUGUCAACACUUCUUACAAAAACAAGUAGUGAUGAAGUCAAUCUCUCUUCCACUUUGAGCCAUGAGAGAUUGACAUGCAUAUCAUUAAUGUUAGCUCCCCGUGUACUUUUAAGGGCCAGCCGUGCUGCCCUGUUCUGAGCCAAUUGUAAUUUUCCUAAGUCCCUCUUUGUGGCACCUGCCUUGUUGAUAGUGUUGUUAAGAAGGCAGAGCAGCGCUUUAUUAUGGACAGACUUCUCCCCAUUUUAGCUACUGUUGUAUCAAUAUGUUUUUACUAUGACAGUUUACAAUCCAGGGUUACUCAAAGCACCUCAACUUGCUACAUUUCCACAUUUUUCAUUACAAGAUUUAGUUGAGGUUUAGGGUUUAGUGAAUGAUUUGUCCCAAAUACAGUGUCACUACUGUGUGGGAUGGAUGUUGAUGUACUGUACCCUGUGUGCAUAACAGAGCUGGGUUCAAACAGUAUUUGAAAUACUUUCAAAUACAUUUGCUUUAGACUGCCUAGAGUGCCAGGUGGACAGGGGUUGCACUUUCUGUGUGUUCCGUUCCACUGCGCCAGGCAAGCUCAAUCAAGCCCAGUUGAAGUAUUUCAAAAUAUUUCAAAUAGUCUUUGAACCCAGGUCUGAUACUAGCUGUGGUGAAACAGACAGAUGGGAAUAACACCAGUGGUGGAAAAAGUACCCAAUUUUCAGACAUGCGUAAAAGUAAAGAUACCUUAAUAGAAAGUGACUCAUGUAAAAGUGAAAGUCACCCAGUAAAAUACUACUUGAGUAGAAGUCUAAAAGUAUUUGGUUUUAAAUAUACUUAAGUAUCAAAAGUAAAUUUGUUUAGUAAGCAAACCCGACGGCACCAUAAAAAAAUAUAUACAUUUAUUUACUGAUAGCCAGGGGCACACUCCAACACUCGGACAUAAUUUACAAAUUAAGCAUUUGUGUUUAGUGAGUCCACCAGAUCAGAGGCAGUAUUGAUGACCAGGGAUGUUCUCUUGAUAAGUGUGUGAAUUUGACCAUUUCCUGUCCUGCUAAGCAUUCAAAAUGUAACGAGUACUUUUGGGUGUCAGGGAAAAUGUAUGGAGUUAAAAGUACAUUAUGUUCUUUAGGAAUGUAGUGAAGUAAAUAUAUAUAAAUAGUAAAGUAAAGAUACCCCAAAAACUACUUAAGUAGUGCUUUAAAGUAUUUUACUUAAGUAAUUUACACAACUGAAUAACACUGUGGUACUGUUUACUGUAGAUGACUGUCUGUGGUUCAAUCUGUGAGAGAGAGAGAGAGAUGGGGAGUUUCAGCUCUUUUCUUCCCGUCCACACAGAGCAGACAUGCGAUCUCUCGCCUCAUUGUCUCCGCAGCGCCAGGCACAAAAUGCUAGCUCAGCGUAGGAGGCUGCUAAAAGGGUUAUUCAUCAUCCCUCCCUCUCACUUUCUCUCUCUCUCAUUUGUCUGUCCUCCUACUCUCUCUCUCACUUCCCCACAAAGCCACGCUCUCUCUCUGUUCUUCCCCCUGGCUGUGCUUUGCUGUCUCUCUCUCUCUGUUCAUCCCCCUGGUUGUGCUGUCUCUCUCUCUGUUCUUCCCCCUGGCUGUGCUGUCUCUCUCUCUCUGUUCUUCCCCCUGGCUGUGCUGUCUCUCUCUCUCUGUUCUUCCCCUGGCUGUGCUGUCUCUCUCUCUGUUCUUCCCCCUGGCUGUGCUGUCUCCUCUCUCUGUUCUUCCCCUGGCUGUGCUGUCUUUCUCUGUUCUUCCCCUGGCUGUGCAGUCUCUCUCUGUUCUUCCCCCUGGCUGUGCUGUUCUCUCUCUCUGUUCUUCCCCCUGGCUGUGCUGUCUCUCUCUCUCUGUUCUUCCCCCUGGCUGUGCUGUCUCUCUCUCUCUGUUCUUCCCCCUGGCUGUGCUGUCUUCUCUCUCUGUUCUUCCCCUGGCUGUGCGUCUCUCUUCUCUCUUUCUUCCCCCUGGCUGUGCUGUCUCUCUCUCUCUGUUCUUCCCCUGGCUGUGCUGUCUCUCUCUCUUGUUCUUCCCCUGGCUGGCUGUCUCUCUCUCUCUGUUCUUCCCCUGGCUGUGCAUGUCUCUCUCUCUCUGUUCUUCCCACGGCGUGCUCGUCUCUCUCUCUCUGUUCUUCCCCCUGGCUGUGCUGUCUCUCUCUCUCUGUUCUUCCCCCUGGCUGGCUGGUCUCUUCUCUCUCUGUUCUUCCCACUGGCUGUGGUCUGCUCUCUCCUUCGUUUUUCCCCCUGGCUGUGCUGUCUCUCUCUCUCUCUGUUCUUUCCCCUGGAUGUGCUGUUCUCUCUCUCUCUCGUUUCUCCCCAUGGCUGGGCUGUCUCUCUCUCUCUCUGUUCUUCCCCACUGCGCUGUGCCUUGUCUCUCUCCUCUAUGUUUCUUCCCCUGGCUGUGCGGUCUCUCUCUUUCUCUGUUCUUCCCCACUGGCUGUGCUGUCUCUCUCUCCUCUCUGUUUUCCCCCUGCUGUGGCGUUCUCUCUCUCUCCUGUUUCUUCCCCCUGGCUGUGCUGUCUCUCUCUCUCUCUGUUCUUCCCCCUGGCUGUGCUGUCUCUCUCUCUCUGUUCUUCCCCCUGGCUGUGCUGUCUCUCUCUCUCUCUUGUUCUUCCCCCUGGCUGUGCUGUCUCUCUCUCUUCUCUCUUUUCUUCCCCUGGCUGUGCUGUCUCUCUCUCUCUGUUCUUCCCCCUGGCUGUGCUGUCUCUCUCUCUCUGUUCUUCCCCCUGGCUGUGCUGUCUCUCUCUCUGUUCUUCCCCCUGGCUGUGCUGUCUCUCUCUCUGUUCUUCCCCCUGGCUGUGCUGUCUCUCUCUCUCUGUUCUUCCCCCUGGCUGUGCUGUCUCUCUCUCUGUUCUUCCCCCUGGCUGUGUAGUCUCUCUCUCUCUGUUCUUCCCCCUGGCUGUGUAGUCUCUCUCUCAUCCCUCUCUCUCUUUCCAGACUGGUUCUGGUCAGAUGAGUUUAGAGCUCUGUUGUCUGCACAGACACAAUGGCUUGUUAGCAACAGGCUUUGUCCAGUCCAGAACAGCAAGGCCAGCUCUUUUUCUCUGGCUCUUUCCCCCCCCCCGUCGCUUUCUCUAUAUCUCUCAUCUCUCUGAGUCAUGUCAACAAACACUGCCACUGUCACCUCAUCCCAAACAACACAAGUUUUUACUCAUCCAUCCAGCCUCUGGUCUCUCCAUUGGCCUACUUUGAUGCUAAAUGUAGGCGAUUUAUUGUCUAUAUUUGGUUAUGCAGUAACUCAUUAUCAAAUUAGGUUAUAAAAUGUGUAUUGUACUGUAAUAAAUGGUUUAUGGCUAUGCAGUUACGCCUACAUGUGUUUGUGAUACUUCAUUUCCAAAUAGAUGACAUUGAACUCCAUGCUGCAGUCAAGAUAUUUCAGGCCCAUGGGCAUGCUAUUUGGCAACAGUUCAGUCUGCCCUCUUUUUAUUUAGAUUUCUUUGUUUGCAGAGCUAACUUCCUGUUCUGUAGGUUUGGGUGGACCACAGAGGUUCCAAUGAUAAUAACUGUGUUUCGAGACCAGUGCCCUUCAGUGUGUGUGUGUUAAGUGUUUUAUUUUGUCUUUCAGCUCGUCGGCCAAUUUAUUGCCCGGGCUGUCAAAGACAAGAUCCUCUCCAAGAGCUACUUAGACGGCUACAAGGGGAGAGUCGACUGUGUACAUGCAAGGUUUGUGUUGGCGUCAUUAUUUGUUAAACACGAAACUCCUUCUCGCAUUUCUAUGUGGUAUGGUCAUGGAAAUGUUGUCGAGUUGGUUUACUAUCUAUCUAUAUCUAUAUAUAUAUAUAUAUAUAUGCACAACAGGGCCUGGGAGGCUCACAGGGAUACACAAUACUCCAUCAAUGAUCCAGUUUUCAACUCAAUACCAGUUUUUCAACUCAACUGCAAAAUUGUUUGCCCCAUGGCAAAAUGUGUAGAGUUGCUGGAAAUUAGCUUUAAAACAGCUAAAUGUUCUCUCCGAUGCAGAGGGUGGCCUUUAAAAUGUUAUUUUCCAGGGCCUGAGACUUGGCAUGCGAUGCAGCAAUCAUAGUACAACUCCCUGUAUGCAAUUUUUUAUCGCACUCUAAAGUUGGAGUGAUGUUCUGAUAUUGAGGGUGUACCUGAUGAAUUUGCUAUCACAAAAGGGGUCCCCGGCCCCAAAAAGUUUGGGAACCCCUGGAUUGUUACGUUAGUGUUUCAGCUUGUAAUUUCGUGGGUGUAUUCACAGAGAACAAUGAGUGAAGCUUUUGGGGGAGUGUCAUACAUGGUUUACAGAAUAGUUGAGUUGGCUUGUUGCUAGGCAGAGUUUAUGUAAUGAAAUACUCCAUUCUAUGAAUGCAUUGAGAGAACUAUACAUCCCUUGAGAGAUGGUUUAUGGGAGUUUGGAAUGAGGGAGAGAGGGUAUAAACGGGCAGAAGAAUGAAUGACUAAGGGAAGGAUCAUUCCAUGAAAGAGGGCGGUAGAGAUGGAUGAUUGAAUGAAUUAUGACAGAAGAGUGUGUCCAUACUAACUCCUGGAGUGGGUGUUUUUCCAUAUAGGGCGGCCUUGGAGCGAGCGGCAGUGCUGUUGAAGAUGGGUAUGGGCGGCCUGCGCAUCCACAACCUCUGGGGAACAGGUGGGGGUCAGAGACCUGUCACCCAGCUUGUCAGAGAGGUGAGACCUGCUCGUUUAUACAGUGGGGAGAACAAGUAUUUGAUACACUGCCGAUUUUGCAGGUUUUCCUACUUACAAAGCAUGUAGAGGUCUGUAAUUUUUAUCAUAGGUACACUUCAACUGUGAGAGACGGAAGCUCUCACAGACCUGUUAGUUUUUCUUUAAGAAGCCCUCCUGUUCUCCACUCAUUACCUGUAUUAACUGCACCUGUUUGAACUCGUUACCUGUAUAAAAGACACCUGUCCACACACACUCAAUCAAACAGACUCCAACCUCUCCACAAUGGCCAAGACCAGAGCGCUGUGUAAGGAUAUCAGGGUUAAAAUUGUAGACCUGCACAAGGCUGGGAUGGGCUACAGGACAAUAGGCAAGCAGCUUAGUGAGAAGGCAACAACUGUUGGCGCAAUUAUUAGAAAAUGGAAGAAGUUCAAGAUGACGGUUAAUCACUCUCGGUCUGGGGCUCCAUGCAAGAUCUCACCUCGUGGGGCAUCAAUAAUCAUGAGGAAGGUGAGGGAUCAGCCCAGAACUACACGGCAGGACCUGGUCAAUGACCUGAAGAGAGCUGGGACCACAGUCUCAAAGAAACCCAUUAGUAACACACUACGCCAUCAUGGAUUAAAAUCCUGCAGCGCACGCAAGGUCCCCCUGCUCAAGCCAGCGCAUGUCCAGGCCCGUCUGAAGUUUGCCAAUGACCAUCUGGAUGAUCCAGAGGAGGAAUGGGAGAAGGUCAUGUGGUCUGAUGAGACAAAAAUAGAGCUUUUUGGUCUAAACUCCACUCGCCGUGUUUGGAGGAAGAAGAAGGAUGAGUACAACCCCAAGAACACCAUCCCAACCGUGAAGCAUGGAGGUGGAAAAAUCAUUCUUUGGGGAUGCUUUUCUGCAAAGGGGACAGGACGACUGCACCGUAUUGAGGGGAGGAUGGAAGGGGCCAUGUAUCGCGAGAUCUUGGCCAACAACCUCCUUCCCUCAGUAAGAGCAUUGAAGAUGGGUCGUGGCUGGGUCUUCCAGCAUGACAACGACCCGAAACACACAGCCAGGGCAACUAAGGAGUGGCUCCAUAAGAAGCAUCUCAAGGUCCUGGAGUGGCCUAGCCAGUCCUGAACCCAAUAGAAAAUCUUUGGAGGGAGCUGAAAGUCCGUAUUGCCCAGCGACAGCCCCGAAACCUGAAGGAUCUGGAGAAGGUCUGUAUGGAGGAGUGGGCCAAAAUCCCUGCUGCAGUGUGUGCAAACCUGGUCGUAAUUGCAAACAAAGGUUUCUGUACCAAAUAUUAAGUUCUUCUUUUCUGAUGUAUCAAAUACUUAUGUCAUGCAAUAAAAAGCAAAUUAAUUACUUUAAACCAAGCUGCUUGGCUAUUGUCCUGUAGCCCAUCCCAGCCUUGUGCAGGUCUACAAUUUUAACCCUGAUGUCCUUACACAGCGCUCUGGUCUUGGCCAUUGUGGAGAGGUUGGAGUCUGUUUGAUUGAGUGUGUGUGGACAGGUGUCUUUUAUACAGGUAACGAGUUCAAACAGGUGCAGUUAAUACAGGUAAUGAGUGGAGAACAGGAGGGCUUCUUAAAGAAAAACUAACAGGUCUGUGAGAGCCGGAAUUCUUACUGGUUGGUAGGUGAUCAAAUACUUAUGUCAUGCAAUAAAAUGCAAAUUAAUUACUUAAAAAUCAUACAAUGUGAUUUUCUGGAUUUUUGUUGUUUUUCAAGUGUGUGUUCUGUAUGCUCUGUCCUCUAUGUAUGACAGCUAUUUAAAUCAUGUCUGUUCUCCAAAUGUAAGUUAAUGUAAUUUAAUUGAGCUUACACUAUGGAAGGGUGAUGUCAUCAAGACCCGCUUUAGAGUUUCACUGAUGUCUCCAGUGAUCACGAUAUCGACACAUAUACAUCAGAGUAGCCGUAAUGGUCAAGCCACCCUUCACCUGAACAUCUCAGCCAUUACUGAACUAUGGCUUAGUUUCAUGUAUUCUUCCUAUUCCCUAUCUGUGAGCAGGCCUUUUGUUGUUAUCUAUGAACCUCAGGUGUACAAUGGGCAUACAUUGACUUUGGAUAUCCCCUUUUCUGUAUCAGAUGACCCUGUUGCUGAAGGAGUAUCUCCUGUCUGGAGACAACAAGGAAGCAGAGAGGUGUCUGAGAGAACUGGAGGUACCACACUUCCACCAUGAGUUUGUCUAUGAGGUAACUUACGGCAUCCGCUAUCUUGUUUUUCUUUCCACAGUUUUCAUGUUCACUUGUUAACUGUAAUUAUUAUCUUAUAUGAACGUAUUACCUGUAGGUGCAUUGGAAAUGUACUCACUGUUCAAUUUACCAUGGAGGGUUGUAUUGCUUGAGAAUAUCAAAUACAUUGACAAACAUACUGAAUUUUCCUUAGUUGAUUGUAACAAAAGUUAUUCAUCUUUUCUUCCUAUUAUCAAUAGGCCAUAGUCAUGGUCCUGGAAUCCAAAGGAGAGAGAACGUUCCAAAUGGUUCUGCAGCUGCUGAAGUUUCUGUGGGUGUCCUCCGUCAUCACUGUGGACCAAAUGAGAAGGGUGAGCUUGGGCACAACCUAGUGGUCACAUUAUACUACUGCAGUGCCAAUGGCGCCACCUGGUGUUGAAACGAUGUACUGUGGUUUGAGGACCAAUGUGUUGUAUAAUACUUACAUUUACAUUUUAGUCAUUUAGCAGACGCUCUUAUCCAGAGCGACUUACAGUUAGUGAGUGCAUACAUUUUUCAUACUGGACCCCCGUGGGAAGCGAACCCACAACCCUGGCGUUGCAAGCGCCAUGCUCUACCAACUCAGCUACAGGGGACUACUUUGUACCUAAAAAAUCAACCAAUCAAUUUAUCAAUCCACUGCAUUUUUGUUUACCAUUGAUUUGAUCUAUAAAAUGUUCCACACUUUGUUUUUUCAUUGGAAGUACAUUGAAAAUGACGUGAUAAUUAUCUUAUUUGCAGGGAUAUGAAAGAGUUUACAUGGACAUAGCUGAAAUCAACAUCGACGUCCCCCGUGCGUACUUCAUCUUGGAGCAGUUUGUCGACAAGAGUUUCAGUGCGGGUGUCAUCGGUGAAAAGCUGAGGGAUCGUUGUCCUUGCCGGUAAGUAUCUUUUCAUUUGCUAUUACAUACACACACAAAUCCAUGUUUUAUGAUUGAUGUGGAUGUACUGAUUUUGUCUAUUUUCACAGGGGCCGGAAGAGGUUUGUGAGCGAGGGGGACGGCGGUCGCUUCAAACUGGAAAGCUACUAAGGAGCCAUUUUGUGCCAGAGAUGUUCUGCAAAACUGAAGCUACUUUUUACUAUGAUCCAUAUUUUGUCAUAAUGGUUGGGUACAAAACUGUUAUUGUUUUCCUUAAGUGAAAGAAUGUAAAAAAAUAAAAUAAAAAUCGUAAAAUGGCGCUUUGUUCUUUAGUUAAAGAAAAGUUAAGACGAUACACCACUAAGGUGUUUGAGUAUACAUGUAUAAGCUAAAACCCAGAAAGUGCCAAACCUCAACGAGUCAUUCCAUGUUGUUUUUAUAUUUUCUCUUGAUUUAUUUCACUGCCACUCCUUUGUCUUGUGUUCUAGAUUAAAAGCAGUAUUUGUACAGGAAUUUAAAUGGUUUGUGCAUAAAGCUUUAUAAUGAAAAGGGGGCAGAUCGUUGGUUCAAAGCAAUACCUUCCCUCACCAGCUGCUGUCUGUUUCUAGCCUGGUUUCAAGAUCUGUUUGUGCUGUUUUACACAACUUCUACCAUAGGAAUUUGUGCAAGAUGGCACAAACAGAUCUGGGUACCAGGCUAGUCUAUUUCUAUGCUGUGCUUGAGUUUUUUUCUUCUCCCCUUUAAAUUACUGACAGAUGUCAUUACUCAAGGCAAUUAAUAAAACACAUUCAAUUAGUUUAAAGCUAAGAGAUUGGGAUCUGGUUGCGAUCAUUUCACAACAAAAUGGUGUCCAGAAUGUUUAUUUUUAUAUUUGGGGAAUACUGUUGUGAAGUAAUGUACCAAGUCUAAUUGUUCCCGGUUUGUCUGAAGUUCAAUAAAUUGCUAUACAAAAUGUAUGCUAUUGUCAAUGUAUCUGUGUGGGUGGAUGAAAGAGGACUUGAGAAUCAUGGUGUGAUCUAAAUCUAGUACCGUCAUAAAGGGGAAAUAAAUAUAGUUGUUUCAUUUGUAGAACUUAUUCACAACUAACAUCAAGAGAAAUGUUACAUUUACCUAGACUCCAAUUCAACUUUCCUCUCAGAAAUAACAUUUACAAGGCUAGUAUACAUUCUCAGCAAUCAAAAUAAUCUAUUAUGAGAGAUUGAUGCCAACAGUGAUAUGUUGCAAUAUUAGGUUGUGGCUAGGGCUGUGGUGGUCACCAAAUUGUCAGCCGGUGAUUGUCAAGCAAA